UCAAUGGGGGGGGGAAGGACCCGGAGCCCGAUCCAUUGAAGCCCCCGCGUGCUGCCUGUUUGGAAUGCAUUUUUAAAUUGUAAACGCAGCGUUCUGCGCCUAACGGACGGACGGUGGCCGCUGGCCUUGAGCGGAGGCGCGAGGGGGUGGCAGCUCCGCCGAACGAGCCAGACGAUGCCGCGCGCCGGUCUCGGGACCGUGUGCGUGCAGCUCCGACUCAGCAACGCCAAGGACUGCUUCCUGCACUUGCCUCCCCAGCCCGUGUCGCAGCUGCAGCUGCUGCAGCAACAACAGCAGCAGCAGCAGGAGUGCCAAGCAAUUGAAUUAUCCUGGGAUCUUAAACGGACAGCAUUCCUAAGCUGGGUGGCACGCAGAUCUACAGGACUUGAAGAAGGAAACAUUGCAGAGAUCAGUAGACAUCUUGGACAAAAGCUUGGAGUCAAAGAUGGAGAACAGGUAUUUCUCAGGCCUUGUGCACACGUCUCUUCCUGUCAAAAGGCAGUUGUGGAACCUCUGUCUCCUGAUGACUGGGACAUAUUGGAGCUCCAUAGUGCAUCACUUGAAAGGCACAUUAUGGAUCAGAUCAGGAUAGUCUUUCCAGGAGGAGUAUUUCCAUUGUGGAUAGAGAAACAUACUGUCAUAUAUAUUGAAGUUGGCUCUCUAAUGCCCUCUGCUGCAUUUGGAAGGUUGGAACGCUACACUGAACUCAUUGUCUCACCCAAACUGCGACACGUUGGUAAAAAUUCUGUUGAAAAAGACAUUUUUAAUGAAGAGUUCAACUUGAACAGUAACAAAAUGCAGCGUGAAAAAUUAGAGAAGCCAAGUGAGUAUUCUUCCAAGAGAUUGUAUGAUCAACAAGGAAUGAAUGAACAACUUGCAAUUAAACCUCAAGACAUUUCCCAGAAAAGCAUCAUAUCGGAUAUAUGGCAUUUGAUAAAAAAUAUAUUCGCAACAAAUUUGGAACUCCUAGAACAGCAGCCAUCCAAAGCAAUGGACAUUGAUAAUUUUUUAAGUACCUUCUCCAAGUCCAUUGAAAUGGACUCAAUAUUCAGACUAUGUAAAAGAUUUCCUUACAAUUUAGACUCAAUGCCAUGGAACCAAAUGCAAUCUGAUACAGUUCAUAUAUUUCCUUGUCAUCAAGGUUUGCUUACUCUAAACAGCAGUGACACACAAAUUAUUUAUGGAAAACUAAUAAAAGUUUUGUCACAUAGACAAUGCAUAGAACAAUCUAAGCAAGAUCUACAAAGAAAGAAAAAUGCAACUUCUGAUGGAAAUGACACAACAAACGGAAUUGCCAAAGCAGAAGAAAACAAAUCCUGCAUUGUUAAAAUAAUUACUCAUGGAUAUGAACAUUUAAUAUUUAAAUCUGCAGAUUUUCACAGUGGAAAAGUUUGGGUUCCAGAUGGAUUGAGAAAGAAGUUGAAAUUGGAAGCAUCUGCUGCAGUCAGGUUAACUUCAUUACAAUUAGAUCCAUCUCUUCCAACCAGUAUUCGGUUGCAGCCAUUGCAAAGACUGCCACAGGAGAUUAACAAUGAUGAUAUUAAGUCCUCCUUCCUUUCAUGGCUAAGUAGUGUGAGCUCUGACAAUUUCCCAUUUUUUGCUGCAUUAUCAAAUCUUGUUGGAAUACAGGUUGCUGAACGAGAGAUUGAAUUUAUGCUAUUUGUGGAUCAAAUUGUACAAAAGUCAGAAAAUGAAGAGAAUGAAUGUUUUUUAUUGUAUCCCAGUUUAAUUGACAAGAUUGAUAUAAAGGUGAUUAUGCAUCCUCCACUAAACAAGUCCAUUGAAGUAAUGACUGUUGAUGAUAUUGACCAGAUGCUACCAUUUUACAAAUUGAAUUGUUUAGGCGCAGUUCAUAAUCUUGCCACGUCGGCCUUUGAGCACAUCUUGUUCAGCCUAUUGGGUCACCCACUUUCAUGGGAAAUUGCGUCUGUUGCACAAGGUCUCCGAAGUGGAGCUCUGCUACUUACAGGAAUAAAGGGCAGUGGGAAAACUACUUUAGCGAAAGCCAUAUGCAGAGAAGCAGCAGAUAAACUGGAAGCACAUGUUGAAAUUAUUAACUGUAAAACUUUGCAAGGUAAAAGGGCUGAAAAUAUCCGUAAGAAAUGGGAGGAAGCUUUCACAGAGGCAGCAUGGCGACAACCUUCUGUUAUUCUGUUGGACGACUUGGAUCAUAUUGCUGGUUCCAUCUCUGCUUCAGAACAUGAACACAGUGCUGAGGCUAUUCAUAGCAGACAGAUUUCUGAAAUUUUGAAGUAUUUGAUUGCUGAAGCAGUUUCUCGUGGGACUGUUAUUGCAUUGAUCGCUACAAGCAUUUCUGAGCAUACUCUGCAUCCCUCUUUGAUUUCUGCUGAAGGAUCUCAUCUAUUUCAGUGUAUUCAGAAUAUUUCACUUCCAAACCAGGAUCAGCGAGUCCAACUACUAACCUCUGUAAUUCAAAAUAAAACUGUCAUUUCAUUGAAGACAUUACAGAGCAUUGACUUUCAAAGACUGGCGAAAGCAACCGAAGGAUUUGGAGCAAGAGAUUUUGUUGUGUUGAUGGAAAGGGCUAUGCACUCACAUUUAUUAAUAUGCAAGCACAACAGAGAACAAGAACUACAAUUAACAACAUUGAAUUUUCUGCAUGCCCUUGAGGGAUUUGUACCUAUUUCUCUAAGAAAUGCAAAUUUACACAAACCUAGAGAUUUGGGCUGGAACGAAGUUGGAGGUCUACAUGAAGUCAAGGAAAUCCUGAUGGAUACCAUUCAAUUAUCUGUCAAGUAUCCACAACUGUUUGCAAAGCUGCCAAUACGAAUGCGAUCUGGAAUCCUCCUGUAUGGAGCACCAGGAACAGGAAAGACAUUAUUAGCAAGCGUCGUCACCAAAGAAAGUGGAAUGAAUUUUAUUAGUAUAAAGGGCCCUGAACUGCUGAGCAAAUAUAUUGGUGCAAGCGAACAGGCAGUUCGUGACGUUUUCAGCAGGGCGGAAGCAGCCAAACCUUGCAUUCUGUUCUUUGAUGAGUUUGAUUCCAUUGCACCUCGCCGUGGUCAUGACAACACUGGGGUGACUGACAGAGUUGUUAAUCAACUGCUCACGCAACUGGAUGGAGUAGAAGGUCUACAAGGAGUUUAUGUUUUGGCUGCCACAAGUCGUCCAGACUUGAUUGAUCCUGCUUUGCUAAGGCCAGGUCGUCUCGAUAAAUCUGUGUACUGCCCGCCUCCUGAUCAGAUAGCACGCUAUGAGAUUCUGAAGGCAUUGAGCCAGACUUUACCUUUAGCGGAUGAUGUUGACUUCCAGCAAAUUGCAAGCAUGACUGAAUAUUUUACUGGGGCUGACUUAAAGGCUUUGUUCUGCAAUGCCCAGCUCGAUGCUAUUCACAGCACUCUGUCAUCCAGUGUACUACAAGAUGCACAUUCAGGAUCUGAUAGUGAUGCGAGUUUAUCUUCCAUGAUCUUCUUGAAUCAUAGCAGUGGUUCCGAUGAGUCUGUGGGGGACGUAGAAGGUGGUUCGGAACAUUCUGCUUUUUACCUGGACACUAGUGAAAUAUUACCUGAUGAUCCAUGCCCUAACAUCUGGCGCCUUUACUUUGGUAGCUCUUAUGAAUCAGAAGUGGGAAAUGGAACAUCUUCAGAACAGAACUCUCAGUGCAUGUCAGGACCAAAUUCAGUGACCCUGGAUCGCACCAUUACAUCUGCAAGGGACACCGUAUCUUCUCAGCUCCCUUCAUAUAUGUCGUCACUGCAAGAAGGAUACCAGGAGCUAACUCGGGAGCAAGUGGAACAGCUAUGGGCUGAAUUAAAUGUUAUUAAAGCAAACACGAAGAACAAGAGCAUGGAGAGCAAUACUCAAAAUCAAGCAGGAUCCACAAAUACUUCCCAACUUAUUUGCCAAUCACAUUUACUGACAGCACUUGCAAGUACAAGACCCUCCAUCAGUCAACAAGAAUGGAGCAAUUUCACCGAAAUGUACGAGAACUUCCGAAAAUCUAGAGCUGGCAAGCAGAAUGGAGUCCUCGUCAAGGCUGGACAAAGAGUUACUUUGGCAUAAGAAUUUACUCUUCAAAUUGAACUCAAGUAGUCUUUCUAUUAACUCUAUUCAAGACCAUAUUGCAAGUGGACUAAAACCAAAUCUGAAAUAUCACUGCUGCUUUAAUUCAAGAUUUAUUUACACACACCCACACAGGGUAAUUAUGCACAACAGAUGUUUUUUGGGCUUGUAAUUCAACUUAAUUGAAGUUUUUUAAUUAAAUGCUUUGCAUUUAUGGGGUUUUGCCCAAUUAUUUUUCACUUUGGUUGUCACAAAUUUCACUAUGCUGUACAAAAAAACCCCACUGAGCUCAAUAUUGCAAUGAUUCUUAUUGAGCGAGCAGGUAUGCAAGCUGCAUAUGGCAAAACAUAUGUCCUGCUCAAUAUAUAAAUCAAAUUGAAACAUUAAAAAACUAAAUUUUAAACAUUUACUUUACAUUAGAUUACACAUUAUUUCUUGCUCUAUUUAUUUGUCUGGAGUAUCACCCUGAUGAAAAAAACAUGUAACAUUAAUUCACAUAACUGAAAGCUACUUAAGAAUGUCUGCAUUUAAACUGCACUUGAUCUUAAAUUGCCAUCAGUGAUUUAACCCGACCCAUGUUCCCCUUGUACUCUUGUUCACACGCAAAGUGUCAGACAAGCUCCUUCCACUGAUCACGAGAUUUACAUAGGCAGAUCCCUUUUAGUGAUGAAUGCCUUCUUGACACUGGUCACCAAAGCUGAGCAAAAUGGGUAUGGGCUUACUUGUUUAUAGGUAUGGUAGGUGUUUUUCAGCAUAAACCAGUCCAAAAUUGCAAUGUCUCCAAUGUACAAGCUGAUAGAAAUCUUCAGUAGGAAACGCACCUCUGGCAGGAUUUAAACUUGGAUUGCCAUCCUAUGUUAAAACAGCCCUGCUAUCUAACAGAGGAAUUGGCGAGGCCAAGCCAGAUGUACAUUGCUUUAUUUUAAUGACUCGUAAUCCAAUGAAUGUACAGCAACAUCUCAAGUACAUAUAUUCUUAAAACAAUUAAAAGUGUACGACAAAGACUUGCAUUUUAUACAGUGCUGUUAAUCUUGCGUCAUCCCAAGGUACUUCAUGGCCAAGAGUGACCUAGAAACAUGGCAGUUAUUUCUCAUUACAUUUAAAUACCUCAAAUGUUUUAUGGAGGUUGGUAGGAAAAUAUUUUUGGGACACGGAGAACUCACCUGCCCUCGUUAGAAUCAGUGUGUGGUAUACCAUAGCCUAGAAAUUACAUCAAAGCAACAUUUAUUUUGCACUUACCUACAAGUGAAUUUUGAUUGGGGAUAUUGGUCCAACUUAUCGCCAAAGUAACCAUGUUAGUUACUCCCAUAACAAUAACCCCUUGAUAGUGCAACGCACGUAGGAACCAGUCACAAUUUAAUCCUUUGCACCCACUCUCCUCUAUGGAGUGUCAACACCCCCAACUGUGUUAUCUACUCUUAGCACUGCCCCCAAUGGAAGCUGUCCACCGCCCCAACACACUUCCAAAAUCACCAAUCUGCCUCUAACCAUCCCUCUGCCAAUGAGCGCAGGCUCCAAAUAGUUCAGAGCCGUCCCAGAUCGUUUUGAUCAACCCAAGCCUCAAGCAGAUUCUGGACAUUUAACCACAAAACUUCCUCCCCAUCCCCGACUGUAGAGUGGGCAUUGCUUUCAGCAGAAGUUAUUUAUCAGAACUUCCCAUUAUAAUUUCUCCAAAUAAGAGAGUGCAGGUCACAAAUUAUGUGCAUAUCACUUGUAGCAGGACAUGCACUGUGCAUGAUAAGGGACUCAAUCAUCUCCAUUCUGGUUUGCAAUACAUUAAGCACACCUUUUCAAUAAAGUACCUUCACUUUUGAAUGUUAAGUACCCUUAUUCUUACAAAGUCUGAUGAUCCCACUGAAAUACCCUUGAUUAGAUCUAGUUCUAGGUUUUUGAAGGUCCCUGGGCUUAAUGUGCUAGAAUUAAACUACAGAAUACACUUACUGUGUGAGAUUGAUAUACCAGUAUUCCAAGAGAAAUACAUACUCCCAGUCCCUCACAUAAGAAUAAUAUGUUCUGAGCCGUCUGUCACUGGUUUUUUUCACCCCCAAAGUGCAGGAACAUGCACUUAUAUUUGUUUCUAUUGACUCCCAUCUCAUUCAGCAAUUUAUACAUUGUUUCGUAAAUACAUUUUAUUCCCUCUUGCCAUUUUUAAUUUUAUGCCAAUAUAAUCUCUGCAUUCUUUGGUAUUACACAUUAUUCAACUACAGCACUAUAGGAAUAGUGCAUCAACUGAAUUUGUAAUUACAAUCUGACAGCUUCAAGGUAAUUGUUAACAGUGACUAUCCAUUAAACUAAUUUUAUAUUCUCAGUCCACUGUGGGAUUUAUAUGCACAUUCUUUGAAUCUGUAAUAACCCAACUGUUAUUCUAUCAUGCCCUUUACUGUUGGAGAGCCCAGUAUUUACUCUGAUGGUUCCUUAAGAUUUUGUUGCCUCUGUCGUGUACAUAAUCUUAGACUACACUGCCAUCCCUUUUCCUAUUCUAUCCCUCCUCAAUUUUGAAACACGGAUAAUUCAACUUCCAAUACUAGCCACAUUUCCUAACACUAUUAUUAAUCCAUCAACUUACAUUUUAUUCACAAUACUUUUAAGUAUAAUUUAUAUCAAUCCCAAUUGGCAGCCAGACCAAUAUUUAUCCUUUGACAUGUUCUUCACAAAUUCCUGAUCUUUUUCCUUGCUUACUUGCUUUUCCUUUCUGCUGCCCAAACAUGUUUGUAUAACAUCACUUAUAGUGGUGUUUACCGGACUAGCUUACAUUAAACUUGCCCUUACACAGAACAAUCCUACUAGAGGCACCAGAAUUCCAAAUCCUCACCCCAGUUAUUAUCUCCCUAGCAACAAUAUCAGUCUAUUCUUUAGAACAUGUCACAUUGAAAAUAAUCUUCUUGGACACAAUUUUGUAUACUAGCUCCUAAGUACAGAAACAUCAUUGCAUUUCCUCAAUUACCCCCCCCAAAGCUAAACAUUUGUUCAAACAACCACAACUUCUAAUAUUUCCCUUUCCCUUGCAAAGCUAUACUUUCAAACCUAAUCAUCUACGAGGUAGAAUUUCCUUUACAUCUUUAACAUCAUUCAGCCAAAAAAACGUUCACCAAUGACAUUAAAGUCACUUCACACUGGGUGUUAACUGUAUUUCACCUGUCAUCAUCUCCUUUCACUCUUCUUGCAGAAGAGGACUGACUGCCUUUCCAACCAAGCACCAAAAUCAAUCCAAUCAGCAAACUGACCAUAUAUGGUGGUAAUUAUAACCAGAAGAAUAAGAGGAUGUGUAGCUUGUUCACAGCUCAGAUAACUAGCUCUUUUAUUUUUGUUUAGUGUCAUGGGGCACGGAAUGUGUUGAAUGAAUAUUAAAAAAUUGAGCUGAGAAUACUGGAUUUCCAGACUCAGCAAAACUAUGACCUGGAGGAACAGGGGAAAGUAGCGGGAGAAAAACACACACAUAUAAACAGUAAGCCAGGACAUAAAAUUUCCAAUAAAAUAUAAAACGACAAUUUCACCAUUCAAAACUGUAGUUCUGAAAAUAAUGCAUCAACACAGAAUAAACUCAUCCAUAACAUAAUUGCUAGCACAAUUCAUUGAUAAAAUAUCUAGCUAAGUUACGAUUCUUAUCUCCAGCACACAAGGUAUGCUUAACAUCAUCACAACUAAAAACAAAAUCAUAAAAAUACAAAUACUGGAAUUUCUGAAAUACUAAAAUAUUUAUCUGUGUAAACUUUGUUGGAAGGAUGAAAAGUUUCAAUAUCCUUUUACCUGUUUCUGAUCACAUAUCUAAAGAUUUAGCCAUGGGCAAUAACUUACAUAACACGCUAGUCGCAACACAGUAUGUACAAAAGGUUUUCAUUUUAUAACAAAUCUGCAGUUGCAUUUUAAAAAAACAGGAUAACAAUCUGCUCUGGCAAAAGAUCCAACUAUCCAAAGUGAGGACAUUACAUGCAGCCUCCGUAAGGAUGGCUGAAUAACCUCUAAAUUGAUUAUUGGAACACAUGCCUUUUUGCACAUUGACUUGCCUUCAUUUUAGUGGGAAAUAUGUUGCCAAGGAGUUAUGCAAAUACAGAUUGAGAACGGAGAAAGUCACAGUCUAUUCCAGUGUAGCAGUUUGGAAUCUGUUUACAUAACCACCUAGAAACUAAAAACUGAUGCCACUAGGAUGGAUGUAGGCAGUUUUCAUUUAAUUUAAAAACAUCUUGAGAUUAUGUUUAUAUUGCUUAUUUUUCGAAAAUAAUUGAGUUAUUGGCAUGUGAAAAAUCAUUCUAGCCUGUGCAACUUCAAGGACUUCUGAAUUGCACCAGGCAGCAUGACACAAGGGGGUUCUGGGGCAUGGUUUAACAGCUAGAGUAAUGAAGUAAAUGAAAGAUCGGCAGCUUGUAUGAGGUGCAAUAGAAGCAUCCUUGUGAUCCAGUAUCAUACUGGCUGGAAAUAACUCAAUUAACGCACAAGCUCUGGUUUAACUUUUUAGUAGUGCAAGAACACUAUUAGCCAAUUUACACUCUGGGUCACAAUUAGCAAAAUACCGACUUGGAUUCAAAUUUCACAAGCUUACUUCUACUUCAUCUCAGGAAGACAAAUGAUACUGGUCAACUAAUCCACCACAGAUCCAAGUAGCAGAAAUUACUAGUGCAUGGAUAUUGAAGCAAAUAGCAUUAGCCUUUAUUUUGGCACAAAGCCCUCUAGUUUGUAUGACUAGGGUGAAAUCAAUUGGGAUAUUGGAAGUUGUUUACCUUGCGCCUUAGUACAUCCAAUAGCGGCACUUAAGGUUGUCAUGAGCUUCUUGGCUUAUUUUAUUACACUGAAUGCUCUGUACAAAUGCAAGAUGUUUUUAAAGUGGGGAUAAAAUAAGUGAUACACAUUCAUCCUUAGAGUAUAAAACCAGAAACACAUCGCCAACUUCGUAUAUUCAAGUAUGUAAUGUGUUGUGAAUACUUUCAGCACAGCAGAUACAAGGGUUACCUAUAAUCAAUGUAAAGCUAAAUGAUGCAGAUAGAAACAAUGAAAUGUAAUAAAAAGAUGUCAAG